AUGGCUCAGUAUAGCGCCAAGAUUUCUGAUAUCCCGAAUCCUCCAUCAGAUACGGUUUCGGAGAUAGCAUUUAGCCAGAUGCAUAGCCUGAUGGCUGCAUCCAGUUGGGAUGGUACUAUCCGGACAUACGACUUGGAAAACCUAUAUAGCUCAAACACCAGUGUAGUGAAUCUAAACAAACCCCUCCUUACGUGUUGCUUUAGUAAAGAGACUCCUUCAUUAGCUUUUGCAGGUGCUGCAGAUGGAAGCCUCCAGGUAGUGGAUCUGCAAACCAGCCAGGUAUCAUCCUUCCAGGCACAUAAUGCAGGAGUAAAGUCUGUAAGAUGCUUUUCUAACAUGCUUGCUACCGGCUCAUGGGACAAGACUGUUAAGUUUUGGGAUACCAGGUCUUCAAAGCUUGUGUUUUCCUUAGAUCUCCCCGGAAAAGUUUACGCUAUGGAUCUUGAGAAGGAGCUACUUGCCAUAUCUCUUUCCGGAAAUGAGGUGGUGACAUACAACCUUAACGACAUAAACCAGAAGAAAACACAUGCUUCGAAACUAAACUGGAUGAUUAGAUCAAUAGCUUGUGCUCAGGACAAUGAGACCUUUGCCCUUGGAGGAAUAGAAGGAAAAGCAGAAAUAUUUAAUAUCAACUCUCCUGUGAAGAAAAUGAUAUUCAGAUGCCAUAGAGUCGACAACAAGGUCUAUGCUGUCAAUUCUGUAUCGUUUCUCCCAACCAAUCAUAAUAUAUUGGUUACUGCAGGUGGAGAUGGCACUAUAGUGUUUUUUGAUGCUCAAGCAAGAAUGAAAAUAUUUACUCAAACAGAAAGUCAGCCCAUAACAUGCGGUAGGUUUAAUACUAAUGGAAACUAUUAUGUCUAUGCAACUGGAAAUGAUUGGUCCACGGGAUAUGUCACGACAUACAGGCCUACACAGCUUAAGGCUAUCCAAGUCAGCACUACUGGUGUAAAGAUAUGA